AUGCCUCCUAAGUUCGAUCCAUCUCAGGUUGUUGACGUGUACGUCCGCGUCACCGGUGGUGAGGUUGGAGCUGCAUCUUCACUCGCCCCCAAAAUCGGACCCCUUGGUCUCUCUCCCAAGAAAAUUGGAGAAGACAUUGCUAAAGAAACUGCCAAGGACUGGAAGGGAUUGCGAGUCACCGUCAAGCUUACCGUCCAAAACCGGCAAGCUAAAGUCUCCGUCGUUCCAUCCGCCGCUGCUCUGGUUAUCAAAGCCCUUAAAGAACCGGAACGCGACAGGAAGAAGGUGAAGAACAUCAAGCAUUCUGGAAACAUAUCGUUAGAUGAUGUUAUCGAGAUUGCGAAAGUGAUGAGGCCGAGGUCGAUGGCGAAGGAGUUGGCGGGAACUGUGAAGGAGAUCCUCGGGACGUGUGUUUCCGUUGGUUGUACUGUCGACGGGAAGGAUCCUAAGGAUUUGCAACAGGAAAUUGCUGAUGGUGAUGUGGAGAUUCCUCUGGAUUGA